AUGAAACUCAUCCUUGUGACCAUUGUGUGUCUCCUCUUACACAACAUUGCCUUCAUUCACGCUGCUUGUGGUCCUCCCAUGUGCAAUGACGAUUCAGACACCUUGACUUCAUCCUUGAUGGCUCCAGCUCUUGCCAAAUUAAUCCACAAUCAUUCCAAAGGAAAUACCACAUUGAAGAAUCUUCCAUGUACUGCUUGUUUACCAUGUUGUGAUGUAUUACUUCAACUUGAAAGAGUCUCAAAUCAACAUGGUGAAGUAUUUUCUCACCUUUCUUCAUUGAUCGAUCAUGUGGAUUGGACAUGCUCAGCUAAGGAAUGUCCAACGCAUGCAACCAUGAGAAGAGUCUUGUCCAAAGCGAUUGAAGAAAAGACCGUUCCAGUGUUGGAUGCUUUGGAACUGAUGAAGUCUCAAACUCAAGAGAAUGUCAUUGCUUUGAGCAUGAAAGAGCACUUGAUUGAGUAUGCUGCUCAAAUUAGUCGAAAUGGAAUUUCAAAGAAGCAACAACCUCAAAGCAUGGAACAAUUCAUUUCUAAUGUGAUGAGUUGUCCAUGUACUGCUUGUCCUCAGGAAUGUGCUUUUAGAAAAUUAGUUGCUUUCACAAAUCCAAAUUAA